AUGCUGAUUGUCGUUAUCACUUGCUCACGAUGCCUAGGUGGCAAACCCUUGGCGGAUGCGCCUUCUACCCAUAGUGCCCCUGCUGGGACCAGCAACUUCCCAGGAUCGAGCAAGUUGCCAUGCUGGUGGAGUGCGGAACAGGCGAUGAAGCAGCAGCCUGGAAGGGAUCGAAAAAGGCAAAGGCAGUCCACAAGUGACAGCAAGCCUGCACAUGAGGCACUCGAUGGAUUCGAGGCUAUCUCAACGGCUCUCCAGCAGUACAAUCCCCUGCUCCGAUCUGCUCCAUGCUCUGCGCCAUCCAGUAACCAGGACGAUCAGACUGCUUGGAGAUUUUCGCGAAUGGCACCAGGGCCAUUUCCUUUUGUCCCCAACCCUGGUGAGGGCACCUCCAGCGGCCCUGCCUGUGUGCUGGGCAGUAGCCUGUGCAGUGCCUAUGGCAGCAUGCAAAAUUCGUCUGCCAAUGUCAACGAAUCGUUUGUGGGGAGCAACGUUCUGAAUGGCAGUAACAACUCAAGCCACUCCAGCCAAGGCGGUGGGAGCGAUGGGGGCAAGGCGAGUGGCCACAAUGGGCAGAGUGCAUGGAAUCAUAUGGAUCCAUCGCGAUGGACCACUGCCAUGCAGGGAGCACCUGACUUGUCACAGUCCUUGCUAGUCACCUCAUGGAUGCCAAGCACAGCUGCAAGCCCAACUGGGCCGUUCUUGAUGCAUGGGCACCAGCAAUGGGGCUCAAACCCAAUGGGAGCAAUGAAGGGUGCAGCAGACAGCACCGGCUGUGACGGGAGUGGUAGACAAAGACCAGGGGAGUCCUGUGCACUGGCCAACAAUGACUGCUCAUUUCCACCGGUGGCCUCCAUGGCAUCAUCAGGAAUGACCCCUGAGUCGAUUGGCAUGCUGCUGAGCCAGCUGGGAGCGAAUCCCUAUGUGCAGAAUCAGAUGCAACAGAACUGCUUAGCGCAGUUAUUGCUGAUGCAGAGUCAGAACAUGCAGAUGGGAAUGAGACCCAAGGCAGUGGGUCAGCCUCCUGCGCCAGGGGCUGCUCCUCUUCCCGAUGAGGGCAAUUCACAGCUGUUGAAUUUGCUGAUGCAGUCUGGUUGGAGUCACUCAGAGUCCAUGAGUGGAGUGAGACAGUCGCCACAGCAGAUGUCCCAGAAAUGA